AUGUCAACAUCCGGCCCAAGAAGCCACUUUAAACUUCUCCAAAAGUUCAAGCCUGACUACUCGCCUAGCGAGUUCACUCAGUAUGAAUCAGAGAGAACCGGCAUGCGAGUAGUGGUCAUUGACCAGAAGGGUCCCAAGGUGACUGGGUAUUUUGUCCUGGCCACCGAGAUUCUGGACGAUUCAGGUGCCCCCCACACCUUGGAGCACCUGUGCUUUAUGGGCUCCCGCAAUUAUAGAUAUAAGGGCUUUCUUGAUAAGCUCGCUACACGCGUCUACUCCAACACAAAUGCCUGGACAGCCACAGAUCACACCGCCUACACUUUGGACACAGCAGGCUGGGAAGGAUUUGCUCAGAUUUUGCCUGUUUACCUGGAGCAUGUGAUUGCACCCACUUUAACAGAUGAAGGCUGCUACACCGAAGUCCACCAUAUCGAUGGUUCAGGCAACGAUGCUGGAGUCGUGUACUCUGAGAUGCAGGGAGUGCAGAACAAUGCCGCUGAACUGAUCGACUUGACUGCUCGCCGACUGAUGUACCCGCCUGGUGUAGGAUUUCGCUAUGAAACCGGAGGCAUGAUGGAACAGCUCCGUGUCCUCACUGCGGAGAGAAUUCGAGCCUUUCAUCGCGAAAUGUAUCAACCUCGUAACCUAUGUUUGGUUAUCACGGGCGAGGUAGACCAUGACAACAUGCUUGAGACUUUGGACAAAUUUGAAGACACUAUUCUAGAUGUCAUCCCAAGCCCUGAUUCACAAUUUCGGCGGCCGUGGGUUGAUUCGAAGCAAGCUCCGCGACUAGAGAAAUCGAUUGUGGAGAAAGUCGAGUUUCCGGAAGAGGACGAAUCUUUUGGUGAGAUCGAGAUCAGAUUUAUGGGCCCUGACUCCACCGAUCCCGUUCAGACUGGUGCUCUUAACGUUGCGCUUUUGUACCUUGCUGGAUCGUCUGCUUCGCUACUGGAAAACACGCUUGUGGAAAAAGAACAAGUAGCCAGUGCUGUCUAUUACGCUACUGAGGACCACCCCAGCAUAGAGAUCCGCUUCACUUUGACUAGUGUGGAGACCGACAAACUUGCGCAGGUGGAGAAACGUUUCUUCGAGGUGCUCCAGGACGCUAUGAAGAAGGACUUGGAUAUGAAGUACUUGAAGGAAUGCAUUGACCGACAGAAGCGCACCUGGAAGUUCUCCACUGAAACCUCCGCCUCUUCGCUCGCCGAAUACGUCAUCUCGGACUUCCUGUUUGGAAAGAAAGAUGGUUCGACCUUGCUGGAUGUUGCAACUUUGAAGGAAUACGACAUUCUGGAGCAAUGGAGCGAAGUCGAAUGGCGCAGUUUCAUCAAUAAAUGGCUUGCAGAUGCUCCCCAUGUGACAAUACUCGGCACGCCGUCCCUGAAGUUGUCUGAGACCCUGAAAAAGGAGGAAGAAGCCAGAGCUGCAGCACAGAAGGAGCAACUCGGACCCGAGGGCUUGAAGGAGCUUGCGGAUAAGCUGGAGAAAGCCAAGGCUGAGAACGACAAAGAGAUCCCUAAAGAGAUGCUGGAAGAGUUUAAGAUCCCGGGUACUGAAUCAAUCCAUUUUGUGGAGACGACAACGGCUCGUUCCGGGGCUGCCCUAAAAGCUGGUCGUCCAGACAACAAGAUUCAGAAGUUGAUUGAUACUGAUGGGUCAGAGUUGCCGCUCUUUGUACACUUUGAACAUAUUCCUAGCAGCUUUGUCCAGCUUUCUCUUCUGAUCUCAGCCCAGUCUGUCCCAGUUCAUCUUCGUCCCCUCCUCUCUAUCUACACUGAGGCGUUCUUCAGCCUACCGAUCCAACGCGACGGCAAGACAAUCAAUUUUGAACAAGUUGUCGUUGAAUUGGAAAGGGACACUGUCGGCUAUUCUAUGGAAGGGGCCAGGAGCUUGGGCAACUCCGAAAUGUUACGCAUUUCUUUCCAGGUUGAACUAGAGAAGUAUAACAGUGCUAUUGCAUGGCUCGAAGAGCUCUCAUGGAACUCCGUCUUCGACGUCGAGAGACUACGGGCGAUCACCAGUCGACUUCUCGCUGACGUUCCUGAUGCCAAGCGUAGCGGCGAAGACAUGCUCGCAGCCGUGCAUGUCAUGGUUCAUUAUGCACCCGAAUCCAUCGUGCGAGCCCGAAGCACCUUGGUCAAGGCGCGGUACCUAAAGCGGAUCAAGCGACAAUUGGUUGAGCAACCCGAAUCCGUUGUUGCACGCAUGGAGGAAAUCAGACAAGCUCUGUUUAAGUUCGAGAAUAUGCGAGUCCUGGUUAUCGCCGACAUCAACAAAUUACCGAACCCAGUUUCGUCCUGGAAGUCAUAUGCCGAGCGCCUAGGGGCCGUUGCCCCUCCGAAGCCCAUCACAGUCCGCAGAGAGCUGCUCAGUGAGGCAGGUCGCGUUCCUGGCGGGAAGUCAUAUGUGGUUCCGAUGCCGACGAUUGACUCGUCUUUUGCUUACGCAACUGCUCGGGGUCUCGACUCGUACGACCACCCGAAGCUACCAGCGCUGUUGGUUGCUAUUGCCUACAUGAAUGCCGUCGAAGGACCGCUCUGGGUGGCAGUCCGUGGCAAAGGUCUGGCGUAUGGUACUAACUUUGCAUACAAUAUUGACACUGGUUUCGUCAACUUUGAUGUGUAUCGGUCACCGAAUGCGCACAAAGCCUUUGAGUCCAGCAAGCAGAUUGUCGCAGAUCAUCUUUCCGGGGAAAUGCCAUUUGAUCCAUUGAUGCUGGAGGGAGCAAUCAGCAGCAUUGUUGUCAGCUUUGCCAACGAACAGUCCACUAUUGCCAGUGCCGCUCAGGGCAGUUUCACUCGCCAGGUGAUACGUAAUCUGCCAAGUGACUACAAGGAAAAGACCCUCAAACAAGUUCGGAUCACGAGUGUUGAUGAUGUCAAGGCAGCGUUGCGCGAGAUUAUCCUCCCACUGUUUGCUCCAGAUACAGCUAAUGUCGUGAUCACCUGCGCUCCUGUGCUUGAAGAGACAAUUCAAAAGGGCCUCGAGGCGUCUGGAUUCACCCCUGAAGUACAGCCGCUCAAGGAAUUUGAGGAUGACUAUGGACUCAAGAAUGAUGGAGAUGAAGACGACGAAGAUGACGAGGACGAAGAUGACGAAUCUGAAUCUGGCUCAGAAGAUGACGAAGAGGAGAGUGACGAUGAGUAA